AUUUGAACUUCGCCAUUACCCUGUAUAAACUCUGUCCGCAGACAAGACGCGCGGAUAUCGCGAAUCGUAAACGAACGACUUUAACAAUACACACACGCAACUAUUUAUAAUGUUGUUAAAAUUAUGCGUUCUAAAUAUACCGCGAUGAUUGCUGCGUCGCCUCUCGCGAGUCAGCCCGAAAUCGCGUCUCGGUUUUUAAGUCUUCAAUGCUAACCAAAUUGAGACGAUGAAAAUUCUACUCGAACCCAUCAAACGCGCGAAACAAUAAUACGAAACAACACAAAGGUGGUCGAGUAUGUUAUCCACCCACCUGGUACUUAUAACUUCGCCUUGCACGUACCAAAUUAGGCUGUGCGCGUGAUCGGGAAUAUUAAACCGACCGAGUAGUGUUGUGGUCUCUAGAAAUGUUGCACGCGCCCGAGCUGAAACGUAGUCAAAGGAGCAACAUAUCAAUAAAUAAGUCGACCAAUCCCGUCCUGACGAGGGAACGCAGCUUCGUGAAACCAAACAAAGAUGCGAUGAAACGACGUAGCCACACGAUGGCGACCAUCAAAGCGGGUAAGCCGACGAUGGAGAUUUACCGACCACCGAACGUACGCACCGAUCUGCCAAACGUUCCUGGAAAGCUCAACGUGCACGCAAAAGAGUUCACGAUGAACGAAAUCAAUCCCUCAAAGUCGAGCGGUAACGUAAACGCAGCCGUGAUGGGUUUCCAACCUGUACCGUUGCAACAUUCUAAAUCGAGCGGAAACAUCUUACGACAUCCCGGAUUUGUACCACUUUUGGCUCACGGUAUGCCGAUUCCGUUGUUACACUCUGCGUCGGCCGCUCACAUUGUGAGCGCGAUGUCCUCCUCUAACUUUCAGUAUCCCGCCGAAUUACUCCCUCAUUCCGUGUUCACGGGCGCCAAUCAGCAACCGAUUUACCGCCAAAGCAACUGGAUUUACGGCAAUUCGCAGCCUCACCAGAUUGCACAGCAUGGUCCGCAGUCGCUGAAGAGGUCGAAAAGCGUCGGAGCGGCGGCCGGCGACGCACAAACUCUGGCCAACAAACUGAAAGAUUUGGUCAGCACCGAGGAAAUCGACUUCAGCGUGUUUUCCGAGCCGCAGCGUGCAGACGUCAAGCAGGCCGUGACGGAUGCGAACAAACUGUCGUCGAGGAUGCUGAUGGAUGUAGUGAAAAUUGUUAUGGAGAAAGUGGUCGAGGGCAUCAAGUACAGCGAGUCGAUUUCGAAACUAUGCAUAGCGAUAAUUAAGGAAGAGAAGAAUCAGACGUUUCUCGAAUCAUUGUUAAACACUUGCCAACAGUGGUACCAGGAACGUGAUAAAAUUCUGAGAGGAAUCAAGGCGGGCGACGGCACGCGGUUUACCGCGUUUAUGUGGUUUCUGACAGAACUCUAUGGUCAAUUGAAGCGGCAACAGAUCAAAGACAGCACGGAAUCGCUUCAGCCGGAACUAGUGUUGCUCUCGGUUUUGGCAAAGUGUUGUCGGGCUUGCGUUGCUCAACCGAUUAGGUGCGCUACCGAGACCGAGUGUUUGUUUUUCGUUCUGACGUCGAUAGGACGCGACAUGGAAGUCGAGAUACCGCAGAUGAUGGAAGAGUUGCUGACGGGCGUGCGGGAUGGGUUUUUGUCAGGCAAUUGUUCGUCGAGCGUGAGGCGAACUUUGCUACAGCUUAUAGAAUUGCAUGCGUCAAACUGGCAGUUACCCGGGUCUUCAGUCUUGUAUUAUUAUCCUAGGAUAAAGUAGUCAGAGAUGAACUAGGUUCUUAUUGUAAGUUUAAUAUUAUCAUUUUGGAUAAGGAUAGUUUUUUCCAUUAAGUUAAAUUUUCCCAUUCGAUUGCUAAUAACAAUUGGGAAUAAUUAUUCUGUUUCCGAGCCUUUGAUUUUGGAAUCAUUUUUGUACCUACCUUUCGAAUGAGAGCAAAACAUGUUUUUUAUUUAAGUGCCUGCAUAUUUAGCGGGUUGAUCGCCCAAAUGUCUUAUAACCAGUAGUAUUACAGAUCACGUUUUGUAGAACAAACUUUUUAACGCAGAAA